UAUCCUGACCUCAUGUCAUGACCAUCAUGCUGUAAUCAUUAAUCUAUCAGGAGAUCAACAUUCUCGUACGUGAAUUAUUUAUUAAUCGAUGGUGGAAUUAUUAUCGGACUUGGGUUUAUUUGUGUUAGUGUUGUUAUACUAUCUAGGAUAUAGUUGUUUUGGUACUGAAACAGAAAAGGCAGAAUAGAGAAUUGGGCAAUUUUACCAGAAAUAUUUUUCUUGGAUAUAUCAAUCUGUUACUGACCUACCAGUUGAUUACACAUUAAUUAAAGAUGGGAUUAUUUUGGCUGGUACCAGUUUUGCCUUCGUCUGGUAUGGGAAUAUAUUGGUCAUUUCCCAUCAUCAUAUUUUGGAUGGUUUUAAGACUACUGCAGGUCCUCAGUUCCCCAGAAAAACCCAAGCUAUACUACAGGACGUCAGGAUCACCAUUCAUACAAGCAAUACUUGAAAGUUGUCCUAUACUUACUCAAAUAUUCAGACCGACUGUGUUGUGGGGUAAAAGUGGACAUUUCCAGACAGUUGUACAUGUUAAGAUGGGUCGUACAAAACCAAGAUGGCCUGAUAGUCAGAGAUUUCAUAUUCCUAUGCCAGAUGGCGCCACCAUGAGCUAUGACCUGUUUGAUCCGCAUGAAGAAGGACAUAGAGCUAAAUUCACUCUGGCCCUGUGUCCAGGUAUUGCCAACAGCAGUGAGUGUAUCUAUCUCAGAACGUUCGCCUCCUAUGCUCAAACCCAUGGCUUCAGGGUGGCAAUCCUCAACCAUCUUGGUGCACUCAAGAGUGAAAAACUUACAUCACCUAGAAUAUUCACUUACGGAGGAACAGAGGAGUAUAGCAGAAUGGUAGACCAUUUACUGGAGCAGUACCCGGACACAAAAAUUCUGGCUGUUGGAUUCAGUAUGGGAGGCAAUAUUGUAACUAAAUACCUAGGAGAGAGUUUAGAUAACCAGAAGAAAGUCCUGUGUGGAAUGUCUGUAUGCCAGGGAUAUGAAAUUAAUGAGGCUAAGGUAUUGUUUAUGCAGUGGUCAAACUUGAGACGAGUGUACACCUAUCUGAUGACACUGAAUCAGAGACGUUUGUUGUCACGUCACAGAGAUUUCUUGUUCAGCAAGCAAGCCCAGGAGAAAUGUGGAACAUUUCGAGAGAAAGAUGUCUUUUCUGCAACUUCACUACUUGCCGUUGAUGAAAACUAUAGCCGUAUCCGUGCAGGAUUUAAAAGUGCCUAUGAGUACUACAGAAAACACAGCUCAGCAUAUGUGUUACAGAAUAUAAAAGUUCCUAUGUUGUUUAUGAAUGCUGAGGAUGAUCCCAUAUGUCCACCAUCAUUGUAUAAACAUGCAAGGCAGUUUGCUGAAAAGACUGAGAACUGCAUUUUCAUGACGACAAAGCAUGGUGGCCAUCUUGGUUAUUUUGAAGGUGGUUUAUUAAUUCCAGACAAUGUGACAUGGCUAGACCGUGUCAUCAUUGAAUAUGCAGAUGCUGUAACCAGUCUGUAUCUCUGUGGCAAACUUCCGCAACAGACUAGUUCUCUUUUGGUAAGCUCAGGUGACGGUGAAGCAGAUGACAUAGAAACUACGUUUGACAGUGGAAUAUCAGAUCUUAGCAGCUGGGAAAGAAAAUCUGCCUCCAGUGAAGGAUCUGUUUCUCCAGUAAGUGGAGUGAUGGCUUCUGUGAAGGAUGUUGCAGACAACACGAAAGAAAAAGAUGAAGAGAAAAGAGAUUCAUUAAAAAGGGGUAGUUUGCUCAAACAGGCAAGCACAUUCGUGCAAUAAAGCCAUCAGCCAGUAAAAAAUAGUUCAUUUUCUUUCAGUCAUGUGCUGAUAAUGCAGAUGAUAAGAGUAGAAGGAGUUGUUAAUGCUUUGCCAACAUGUUCAUGUUAGUUCAGCUGCUAUUGUAGCUAAAGUGAUUUAUUCAUGUUCUUAUUUGGCAAAAUCCAUUUAUAUACUUGCAUGAUAUUUAAUGUUUCUAUGAAUUAAUUGUAUCAGUAAUAUUGUAGCAAUAUGCAUUUUCUUCUAGAUAUACUUCAUACUGCUUUUUCUUAUUAAAACAUAAGGACGGGUAAAAGUUAAAGAUUUUUAAGCCAAAAUGUUUAUUUCUGGGACCAUAUCUAUACUUUGAUUUUUUUCCACGUUGUCUUACUGAUGUUACUGUUUUGUAAAUGCUUUAUUUUGUUAAUUUUUUCUCUUUGCUAUUUUUUAAGAUAUUUUGUUUAUCUUUCUAGAUGGAAGUAUUCAAAGACAAGAGUGAACUUGCUUUGGUUUAAUGUGUUUUGUUCAAAUUAGCAUUUUUGUUAAUAUAUGGUCUUUCAUUUUUUAGCUCACCUGUCACAAAGUGACAAGGUGAGCUUUUGUGAUCGCGCGGUGUCCGUCGUCCGUUGUCUGUGCGUCAGUGCGUCCGUGCGUCCGUAAACUUUUGCUUGUGACCACUCUAGAGGUCACAUUUUUCAUGGGAUCUUUAUGAAAGUUGGUCAGAAUGUUCAUCUUGAUGAUAUCUAGGUCAAGUUCGAAACUGGGUCACGUACCAUC